AUGCUUCCUUCCCCUUUCUUCUUUGAGCUUCCUUUUGAUUCUAACUUCCAUCUUCUUUUGAUAUAUCAUCAUUUGAUAAAAUUGGAGAAGGUGAAGACUAAGCUUGAAUCUAAAAAUGGAUGUGAGCCAACAAUAGCUGAAUGGGCUGAAGCUUUGGGGCUAAGUGGACCUGUCUUGAAAUCUGAAAGCCACCGUGGCAGAAGCAGCAGGGAGAAGCUGAUCACUGCAAACUUGCGUCUGGUAGUUCAUAUAGCUAAACAGUAUCAGAAUCGUGGACUCAACUUUCAGGACUUAUUACAGGAAGUGACACCAUACAGUGGGAUUGAGACACCGGACAUGAGCGUAGGGAAGCAAAUGAUGAGGAACCAUGUAAGGAAUCUACUCAAUGUGCUGAGUCCCAAGGAGAGGAAGAUCAUCAAGCUGAGGUUUGGGAUUGAUGGUGGGAAGCAGAGAUCGUUGUCUGAGAUAUGA